AUGGCCCUCCUCGACCGCAUUGCCCCGCCGCUGUUCAUCUUCAUCUGGGCCACCGGCUACAUCGCCGCCAAACUCGCGGCGCCCUAUGCCGACCCGCUGACCUUCCUGAGCUGGCGCUAUGCCGGCGUCGUCGUGCUGAUGCUGGCGCUGGCGCUGAUGGCUCGCGCGCCGUGGCCGUCGCCGCGGUCAAUGGUGCACCUGGCGGUCGCGGGCCUGGGCAUCCAGGCGCUGUACCUGGGCGGCGUGUGGGUCGCCAUCCGCCAGGGCCUGCCGGCCGGCACGGCGGCCCUCAUCGUCAACCUGCAGCCGGUGCUGGUGGCGGCGCUGGCGCCGCUCAUCGGCGAGCGCGUCUCGCCGCGUCAGUGGGUGGGCGUCGCGCUGGGCUUGGCCGGUGUCGUGCUCGUCAUCUGGCACAAGCUCAACCUCGGCGCCGGCUUCGGCCCCCCGCUGCUGCUGAGCGUCAUGGCGCUGCUGGCCAUCACCGGCGGCACGCUGUACCAGAAACACUUCGUGCCGCACUUCGACCUGCGCACCGGCCAGGUCGGUGCAGUUCGCUGCGUCGCUGGCGCUGACGCUGCCCAUGGCCUGGUGGCUGGAGCCGAUGCGCAUCGUCUGGAACGGCGACGUCGUCUUCGCGAUGGCGUGGAGCGUGUUCGUGCUGACGGCCGGCGGCAUCAGCCUGAUGUUCUACAUGCUGCGCCACGGCCGCGUCACGGCGGUCAGCAGCACGAUGUAUCUCGUGCCCUCUGUCACCUCCGUGAUGGCGUGGCUGCUGUUCGGCGACACACUCGGCGCACCAAGCCAUCGCCGGGCAUGGGCGUCACGCUGCUGGGCGUCUACCUGGUGGUGGCCAGAAAGUAG